AUGAGAAAACUCUGGAAUUCGAUCGCGUUCUUCUCUCACCUCGCUCGUCGACGUUCAACUUCUUACUCUACUCUCCGUGAUGCACCCUUCAACCCAUUCAUCAAACCCAACAAAUUCAUCUCCACCCCAUUUCGAACCAUGGACACCCUCGUUCACAAACCCUCUCAAAUCUCCUCAAGACAACGAAAAAUCGCUGAAAAAUCACAAUUUGAAGAAGCUUUCGAGUCUGCAGAAACUACUGAAGAAAUGCUCAAAGCUUUCAGUGACAUGGAAGUUGUAUUCAACGAGAAAGAGCUUGGUUUAGCUUCUUUGAAAAUUGGUCUUAAACUUGAUCGAGAAGGCGAGGAUCCUGAAAAAGCUCUUUCCUUUGCUAACAGAGCUUUGAAAGCAUUUGAUAAUGAUAAUAAACCUUCUUUUCCUUUUGCCAUGACUUUGCAGUUAAUGGGGUCUGUUAAUUAUAGUUUGAAUAGGUUUAGUGAUAGUUUAGGGUACCUUAAUAGGGCUAAUAGGGUUUUGGGUAGGUUGGAGGAUGAGGGUGUUUGUGUUGAUGAUGUUAGGCCUGUGCUUCAUGCUGUUCAACUCGAGUUGGCUAAUGUUAAGACUGCUAUGGGGAGGAGGGAAGAGGCGUUGGAGAAUCUUAGGAAGUGUUUGGAGAUUAAAGAGAUGACUUUUGAGGAAGAUAGUGGAGAAUUGGGUAAAGGAAACCGCGACUUAGCUGAAGCUUAUGUUGCGGUUUUGAACUUUAAGGAGGCACUUCCGUAUUGUUUAAAGGCGUUGGAGAUUCAUAUGAAACGAUUGGGGAUGAAUUCUGUGGAGGUUGCACAUGAUAGGAAACUUCUCGGGAUUGUGUAUAGUGGGUUGGAGGAACAUGAGAAGGCGUUGGAGCAGAAUGUUUUGGCGCAGAGGAUUUUGAAGAAUUGGAAUCUUAAUUCUGAUUUGUUGCGCGCUGAAGUUGAUGCUGCUAAUAUGAUGAUUGCUUUGGGAAGAUACGAUGAGGCUGUUGGUACUUUGAGGAAUGUUGUAAAUCAGACUGAGAAGGAUAGUGAGAGUCGAGCUCUUGUGCUUGUAUCAAUGGCAAAAGCUUUAUGUAAUCAGGAAAAGUUUGCAGAUUGCAAAAGGUGUUUAGAGAUUUCUCUUGGGGUUCUUGACAAAAGAGAACAGAUUACGCCAGUGGAAGUUGCUGAGGCGUACUCAGAGAUAUCCAUGCUGUAUGAAACAAUGAACGAGUUCGAAACUGCAAUUUCAUUGCUGAAGAGGGCCCUAGCUUUGUUUGAGAAGCUCCCGCAAGAGCAGCACUCAGAGGGAAGUGUAUCUGCAAGAAUCGGGUGGUUAUUAUUGCUGACAGGUAAGGUGAAGCAGGCUAUUCCUUAUUUGGAAAGUGCUGCUGAAAGGCUGAAAGACAGCUUUGGUCCCAAACAUUUUGGAGUGGGUUACAUCUACAACAAUUUAGGGGCAGCAUAUUUAGAGUUGGAUAGACCACAAUCGGCAGCGCAGAUGUUUGCAGUCGCAAAGGAUAUCAUGGAUGUUUCUCUUGGUCCCCAUCAUGCUGAUACAAUUGAGGCAUGUCAAAACCUUUCAAAGGCAUAUGGUGAGAUGGGAAGUCAUGCUCUUGCAAUCGAGUUCCAACAGCAAGUUGUUGACGCUUGGGAAAGCCAUGGUGCAAGUGCAGAAGAAGAACUUAAAGAAGCUCAGCGACUUCUUGAACAGUUAAAGAGAAAAGCCCGCGGUACCUUGUCAAAUGAGAUCCCUAUGAAGGCUCUACCCUUACGUGGUGCCUUGUCAAAUGAGGUUCCUGUGAAAGCUCUGCCCUCAUCUACUAAUACACCCGCAACAUCCAGUGUCUCCCAGCCUGACAUACCAUUACGUCAAUCCCGGACAGUUUAA